AUGACCCUUCGCGAGUUGGCAUACACCACAUUCCGCUUAAAUCUAGAGAACGAAGUUCUUGGACACCAAGAGCUGGGCGUUAGGGAAGUUGCCGAUAAAAGCGCAGCCUCGUAUUCCUAUCAAGACCAGCGGCAUCCGACGACGCGAGAACGAUUUGGCUUUCCCAAUAUUGGAGUGCGGCACCCAGAGUUUCAACAGCUUUUAAUCGACACGGCCCAAAAGCAUAGCGUCGAGAUCAAGUGGGGCCAUCAAGCCAUUGAAUUCGAGCAAGCGAAGAUGCGGUGGAAGUCACGUUCGCGAAUGGUACCAAGAGGCAAUGCACGAGUGAAUCAGUCCCCUUCUCAGUGUCAUGGCUAACAGAAGAUUUGAUCAAGAUACUUAGCGUCUACACAAGUUUAAGGAUUCUGUUUCAUGUAAUAGGAGCUGUCACUUCUCGAUGUUUAAAUUGAUUGCGGG